GUCGUCAGAUAGUCAAUAUUUGACAGCGAUAAUUUCCGGAGGUAACAAAAUGAACUCAGAGCGACAAACAUUGAAAUGGGUGAAACGUAGCUAACAGCGGUUCAAAGAUGUUAUCCACAGGCUGAUGGUUUGACAGGAUCUGAUUAAUCAAGCCUCAGGUGCAUGAUGGGAGCUGCAAACUCCACUCAGGAGCGUGCACAGCAGGCAGCCCCAGGAAAGCCAGCCUCCUUGACAAGACACGCCACAUCACAUACAGCAUCCCAUGGGGCCGAAAGUGAUGUGGUUACUAGGGAAAAGAAAAAGAAAGCAUCCAAAUUCGCAACACUAAGGAAGAAGUUGACACGUGUUAGGCGACAUAGUCGUUCGCUCGAUUACUCCAAAGUUGUGCGCGAGCUGACAGCCAGCUGGAGCAUCCGUGACUUGAGCUCGCUGGUGGAAGAGUAUGAAGCCUCCAUCACACUGAAGGAGCUGGCGACAGCGGCCAACCUGGCCCGGCCUCCAGCCCGCAGCCUCAGGAGGGACCUGUCAACGCUGUUUGACUACAAGUACUGUACAGAUGUGGACCUGAUCUACCAUGGGGCCUGCUUCCCCUCACAUCGUGCCCUUCUCUCCGUGCGCUGCCCAUUCUUCAGAGAAAUCUUAGCUAAGUAUCCCGAAUACGGGGCACAGGUUCCAAUCAAAGUGAAAACGCCAGGUGUGGACGUUGCCAUGUUUGCAGCACUUUUGCGCUAUCUGUACACCGACGAUCUCUGUACCACGGUACAACGACUGGCUCAAGUGGAAGUGCUGUCCAGACUGGUGGACGAGUUUGGCAUGCCCAGCCCACUGGAGCAGGACUUGAGGACUCUGUUAGAGACUGGGGACUACUGUGAUGCAGUGUUGGUGUUUACCUCAGACUGUGACCUCCAUGAUAGUCAGUGUGACAUGGCUGGCUCCUUCCACUCCACCAAACAGGAGCUGUGCUGCCACAAGGCCGUGCUGGCUGCGCGCUCCCCUUUCUUCAGGAACUUGCUCCUGCGAAGGGCCAGGUCGGGAGAGGAGAUCACAGAACGGACGUUGCAGGCUCCCACGCGUAUAGUGUUAGACGAGUCCGUCAUUCCACGGCAGUAUGCACGUGUUCUGUUGCAUGCUGUCUACUUGGACUCCAUAGACCUCAGCUGCAUUGUGCGUGGCAGCACCAGUAUGUGCAGCUUAAGUGAAGUGCAAGCUAUGGUAGCCGGUAAAGGCCAUAUGACUCAUGCUGAUGAAGCCAUGGAGAUUUACCAGAUCGGUCAGUUUCUGGACUUUCCUGUUUUGUCUCAAGGUUGUGAAGAUAUUAUCUCUGACAGUAUUAAUCUGGAAAACCUGACGUCCAUACUGGGCUGGAGUUCGGAGGCUCAUGGCUCCAAGUGGGUGCACCGCCAGGCUAUCCACUUCCUGCGUGAGGAGUUCCUGCAGAUCGCUCACUCACCGAUACUCUUCGACCUCAGCAAAGAGUACUUAAUACAGGCAUUACGCUCAGACUUUCUCCAGGCGGGAGAGAUUGAUGUGCUGACAGCUGUUUUAAAAUGGGGAGAGCACCAGCUGAUCCGAAGGAUGGAAGAGCGAGAGCCAAACCUCUUAAGUCAUACUGCUCACAGCGUCAGUAAGAAGGGUGUGAAGAAACGUGACCUGAAUGAUGUAGAGCUGCGGGAUGUGCUAGUGGACUUGCUGCCUCUGGUGAGGAUGGACCAUGUGAUCCCGGCUAACAAUGAUGUGCUGAGUAAUGCCAUCAAGCGGGGACUGGUCAGCACGCCACCCUCCCACAUGAUGGCGGAUGAGACCCACGGUCUGCAGGGCUGUGCCUGGAUCCGCGGCAAAAACAGCGGCAUGUAUGUGAAACCUCGACUCUUCAUGCCCUACUAUGAGGAGAUGAAGGCAUUGUUAGAGGAACAAUUGUCCCAGGGUCAGGAGAGUGAGCCAUCUCGUAUCCGCACAAUCCACAUGUCUUCCAUCCCAGAUACGCUGUACAUGGUGGAUGAACGACAGUGCCCCUUGUCUCCAUACCCACCGGGGAACUAUAUCAGCACCUCUACUGCCACUGUAGAUAUCAUCGCUGGGACAAUACCAGUUCCAGACAGAAACACGCUUCUGCUAAUGACCCAGAGAGAACAUGAGUUACAGCAGAGUAGCCUGGUGCUCAAGGCCUACUCUACUCCCUACCUCGACAAAAGGGCCAUAACUUUGCAGCUACAGUUGCGAAUCGUGCGUGAGUUUGGUCUCCCGGACAGCACGGUGGAAGUUCUGCAGAAUGGUCAGUUUUACUACCCAGAGGACUUGCAGUUUGUACAUCUGGAGCGUCACUAUCCCAGAACUGCCACCCCACGGAGUCAUCGCCGUCUAGCAUCACCUGUCAAACAUAGUUCCUCCACCCCUAUCUCACCCACCCACUCCUACAGCCCAGUUGAGAAUGAAGCGAGUGCCUGUAGUGACAGUAUUCUGAAUGAGAUGAUGCCAGACAUUGCCAUGGCAACUGCCUCCAUCAACCAGAUUAGUUUGCAGGAGCAGGAUUUGGAGUUGGACUUGGGAGAUGGGAAUGGUCACCAUGGUACCCUGUACAUAUAGGCUCACACUGGACUGUGUGUAAAUUCAUCUUUUUCUUCAGUUCAUCUCACCUCGGUCUCAUCAUUGUACAUCUUAGUUACGUACAUUUCAGACAUUUGCAGGCCAGCUUUCUAACUUUGAUUUUCCCAGCGACAUUAACCGUCCUUUUGUUAAGCAUCCGUCUUUACCUGGCAAAAUGGAUGGAUGUUCAGAAAAGGUUUUCUUAGGCAGCAAGUUUAUCGUCCAUCUGUUUGCUGAGAGGAUUACAACAUUAUUGGUUGCUUCAAACUGGAGUUGUAUAGUGCUCAAUUAUUAAGGUAGAUAAUCAUAGACUGGGUGAAGUGCUCUUAUCAAGAGUUACUGCCCCUUGAUGAUUAUAUACUCUGUCAUGGAAUACAGGAACAGGAAAUGACUUGAUACAUGUAGUCAGUUAUUGUUAUAUCCUGUAUGUCUUUUUUGUCACUGUGUCAUGAAGUUGUGUUCUCAAGCCUUCAUCUGUUAGGGAAGAUAUUAACACUGUGAAACUGAUGUACAUGUAC